UGUUCUCUAUUUCUUCCAAGCUACUUCAAUAAUGUCUUCAAAGAUCAAGAAAUGGAAUUUUGGGAAAUUAUUCAUAUCCAAUGGAGCAGGCUGUAGUGGUUGUGGCAAAUCAAAUUUAGAAGAUAUUAUAGUACCAAAGCCCAAAAUCCCAAUUCACACAAAUCCAUCACCUAACAUUUGUCACACUUCUUCAAGUUCUUGUGAGAUCAAUGGUCAUUUACAUUCCAUGGAUGAUGAUGAUUUUGAUCAAGAUGAUCAGGCUUCCACCACAUUCUCCAUCGACAUUGGUUCCUUAUCUCCACCAAGUUCUUACCAAAAUGAUUAUAUCAAUCUGUCACGUGAGUCAGAGACGAAUUCAGAAUUUAAAAUCAGUACAUGCCCAGAAAUUGGGGACACCUUUGUUGUCGUCAAGAAUGUGGAUGAUACAUUUGAAUAUAAUCACACUUCCAACCCCUUUUCCAUCAUUAACAUAGAUUCAUUAUCUCUACCUAGUUUUGAUAAAAAUGAUGUCACCAAUUUGUCACCGUCAGAAAUAAAUUCAGGAUCUAAAGUCAAUACAUGCUCAAAAAUGGGUGACACCCUUGCUAUAGUCAAGAAUUUGGAUGAUCCAUUUCAAGAUAAUUGCCACACUUCCACCACCUUCUCCAUUAAGACAAAAUCGUUAUCUACACAAAGUUUGGAUCAAAAUGAAUGUACUACUAAUUCAAAAGCGAGUUCAGAAUUUAGAGUCACUUCAUGUCCAAAAAUUAGCUAUUCUCUUGCGCUCAUCAUUGAUUCGGAUGAUCCAUUUCAUGAUUUCAAGAAAUCCAUGAUCCAUAUGAUCAUUGAGAAAGAAAUCUACUCAUCUGAAGAUUUAGAGGAGCUCUUGAAUUGUUUUCUAAAGUUGAAUUCUCCUUCUUACCAUUAUAUAAUCAUUCAAGCCUUCAUGGAAAUCUUGAAUAACAAUGGAAAAGUUGUCUCCGAGGAACCUAAAAAAAAGAACUAGUCAUUGAAGUUUAAUUGAAUUUCCUUCGUAAAACAAUAUACUUGUAAAUUUGUAAAUUUGAUAUAUAUAUGUAUAUAUAUAAAUUAUU